AUGGCGUUUUCUUCUUGGCUGGGCUCUAGAGAUAGCACCUGUCCGACUACCCUUAGGAGGCUAGUAUCUCAAGCUACAAUCUAUAUGAUAUGGAGAGAAAGAAACAACAGGCUUCACAACAACAUCUCAGCCAUGCCUCAUACCAUCUACAAGACCAUUGACAGGUUGACGAGAUACGCUAUUCUUGGCAAAAAGAAAAGCAAACGAUUUAGUGAUCUGAUGCAAACGUGGCUCGCCUUUGAUUAA